UCCCUGACAGGCCUUAUACAUGUUUCAUCUGCUGCUCUCAGAACAGAAGCCCCCUUUGUUAUCUAAUCCAGCCCUCUCCUGCCCAGCCUGAGAGACUGAGUUUACUGCCACAAGACUACUCCUCACAGUCUGUCAGCCAGCCACUGGACUGAUACUUAUCAGCCAACAGCUGAGGAGCAGCGGAAGGACUUGGUUGAGACCAAGAUAUCUGCUAUCAGGACUUCUCAGCCAGGCUUUCAAUGCAUUGGCUGACACGUGGAGAGGGUUUCAAAAUAAACAGGAGGAGCUGACCCUUCAAGCUGCAGAGCUGUUGAAUUUGCCGUUCCUGUGACCAAGGACUUAAAAAAAAAAAGGAAGAAUAUUAGCAUUUUAGAAAGCUAGUCAGGACUAUGAGCGACACUCUCAGACCACCUUCACUCCAGGUGAGCAUCCCCAGUGAUUCUCCGGUAUACUCGGAUGGAGGAAGUUAUGUUGUUUCAGAUUGCUCUGUACACUCAACUCCAACUCUCAGGCGGAAGCGGUUCAAGAUGCGGCGCAUGAGGAACGUGCCCAGCGAGAAGGAAAACGAAAGGGGGCGCUUAACCGUCGGUCAACUCACGGAGCGAUCUCGCUCCAAUUCGAAGGAGUACCUCCAGCUGCCUUCUAUUGAGAUCACGCCGUCCAGUGACGAAGACGGCCCUGCUUCCUGGUCGCGCUGCUCCACGCCUAGUGCCUCGCCAAGACGGAAGCGUUUCCUGUUGAGGAAGUGGCUGAAGGUCCGAGAGAAGAAGGAGCAAUGCAGUGAGAGCAGCAGCCAACAAAGCAGUCAGCAGAGCAGCCAGCAGAGCAGCCAUGAGGACGACGGCACUCGCUUCUUGACUCCACUAAUCCGAGAGGAGAGGUCUGACAGUGCAGCGGACAAAAUCAGCACUGCCAGUAACUCAAACAAGAGCACACCUGCCUGCUCACCAGUCCUGCGUAAACGCUCGCGCUCUCCCACACCACAGAGCCAGGAGGGUGAGAAUAUGGUCGAGAAGGGUUCAGACCACUCCUCUGACAAAUCCCCCUCCACGCCCGAGCAGGUUGUCCAGAGAACAUACUCCCUGCAGUCAGCAAGAAGCGGGGGAAAGAACUCCAAGUCUCACAAGCGACUAUCCAAAAAGAGCCAAAGCUGGUACAAUGUGCUGAGCCCGACGUACAAGCAGCGCAAUGAGGACUUUAGGAAACUCUUCAAGCAGCUCCCGGACACAGAGAGACUCAUUGUGGACUACUCCUGUGCUCUUCAACGGGACAUCCUACUGCAGGGACGACUCUACCUCUCUGAGAACUGGAUCUGUUUCUAUAGCAACAUCUUCCGUUGGGAAACCCUGCUGACAGUGCGGUUAAAGGACAUCUGCUCGAUGACGAAAGAGAAGACAGCCCGCCUCAUUCCCAAUGCCAUCCAGGUCUCUACAGACACUGAGAAGCACUUUUUCACCUCAUUUGGAGCCAGGGACAGGACUUACAUGAUGAUGUUCAGACUGUGGCAGAAUGCUCUGCUGGACAAGCCACUGUGCCCAAAAGAACUGUGGCACUUUGUCCAUCAGUGUUAUGGCAACGAGCUUGGCCUGACAAGUGACGACGAGGACUACGUUCCUCCUGAUGACGACUUCAACACCAUGGGGUUCAGUGAAGAGAUUCCCAAUGAGGAGAACGAGAUCAACAAUGACAACUUGUCGAAGAGCAGCGCCGAGGCCAAACCUGAGGGGAGCCCACUUCUGUUACAUAAGAAGGUCGUCCCAAACAGCACCAUGCCCAGCCCAGGCAGUCAUGUCCCGCCCAUCACAUUUGGUCUCCCCUCAGAAGAGUACGCUGACUGCCUACCGGAUGGCGAGCUGCUUGCUGUGCCUCUGCUUGUGGAAGAGAAGAACAGUGAUACCGGUGGUCCAGGUGGCCCUGUCCCCUCUCCCUCUCUGGACUUCAAUGACAACGAAGACCUCCCAACAGAGCUCAGUGACUCAUCUGAAACACAUGAUGAAGGUGAGGUACAAGCGUUCCAUGAAGAUUUGAAUGGCAGGCAGCACAUCAACGAAAUCUACAAGUUCAGCGUGGACAAGCUCUAUGACAUCCUCUUCACAGAGUCGCAGUUUAUGAGUGACUUCAUGGAGCAGAGGCGGUUCUCAGAUGUGGUGUACCACCCAUGGAAGAAGGAAGAUGCAGGGAACCAGACAAGAGAGAUCCUGUACACCAUCUCGCUGUCCAACCCUCUGGCCCCUAAAACGGCCAACGUCACUGAGACACAGACUCUGUACAAAGCCAGUCAUGAGAGUGAGUGUUACAUCAUCGACGCGGAGGUCAUCACACAUGACGUGCCCUACCAUGACUACUUCUACACUCUUAACCGCUACAUGCUCACCAGGGUGGCCAAGAAUAAGUGUCGGUUACGGGUAUCAACAGAGCUGCGCUACAGGAAACAGCCUUGGGGUCUGGUGAAAGGCUUCAUAGAGAAGAACUUCUGGAGCGGGCUGGAGGAGAACUUCCGCGUCCUAGAGCUGGAGCUGUCCAAGCUGGAGGACAUACUAGAGUCCCACCAGUUGUCUCCAAAAGCUAAAGUAGUGAAAAACUCAACAGUGAGGCGGAAGAAGAGGCCGCUGCCCCACUUGCGUAGCCAGCAUCUGGAUGAGGCACUAAGCCCUGUUACCACGCCAACAGACGAGGAAGUGAUUCAGAGGAUCAAACAAGUGGCAGGCUCCACGCAAACCAGACACCAGAGUCCAGAACACCAUCACCUGCCCGGAGGCCUUGCUCUCUACAGUGUCUCCAAACUGCUGCUCAUCAUCAGCUUUGUCCUCGUCCUGCUGGUGUUCCUCAACAUGAUGCUCUUCUACAAACUGUGGAUGCUGGAGUACUCUGCACAGUCCUUAACAACCUGGCAAGGUCUACGGCUUCAUGAAAGCAAACUGCCUCAGACGCAGAUGGAGUGGGCCCAGCUCCUGGAGGCUCAGCAGCGUUAUCAUGACGCCGAGCUGCAGAAGUGGAGGGAGAUUAUCAAGUCGUCGGUAGUGCUCCUUGAUCAGAUGAAAGACUCUUUAUUGAACCUCCAGCGAGGCAUUGGUUUAAGGGACUACAGCUCCGAGGCUGAAGAGAAGAGAAGUCGUUAUCACUGACACACCACCCCAAGGCCAUGAGGGCAUGCUGUGCAAUAUAGGACCUGUUUUGUUUGUGAACCAGUAUGCAGACAGCAACAAGACAGAGAAAAGGCAGAGAGGACAGAGGGGGAGGUGGGACCAACAGUGGGCUGGUCCAAAAGGCACAGAGAGAGGAACAGUCGUCCCCAGCGCACAGGAGGUGAAACCCCCAGGAGGAGGACAUACUGGACAGAAAGUGCCCCUACCACACACAGGAACUGAGGUGUCCCUAACAUCACUGGCAUUGUGGGAAGGUGCUCUUUCUCUGCACCUUUGGGAUAACCGUUCCCUUCUAAUCUCUUAUUUCCAAGUGCAUCCUACUGUAAGCCCUGUCGACCAGACAGCAACAGAGAGAAUGAAGGGAAACUACUGCAUGCAUUUAGACAACCUAGCUCCCCUCAGUCAGUGUUAUUGUGGUUCAGUUCCAGUCUGUGUGUGUCAAAAAAAAGAAGAACAGAAGACGUGGAGAGAUCAAGUCAGAGAGGAGGGGGUCUUUUCGAGUCUUUAUGGCUUUCUACACUCUCUAGACUGUUCCAAACCCAUCAUCCCCUAGAGGUCCUCGCUGCAGUGUCCCUUUGAUAGACCUCAGUGUGAUCAGAGUGCAGUAUCGUCCCUCGUGCAGGAAGGAAAGAAGUGUUGUGGCUAAGAGCUCGGUUUCAGUCUGUUGCCUUGUUUGAACUUGGCCUGUGUGGUCUCUGUCAGGGCUGGUUCCUUGUCAGACCACUCUGUCGAAAUAUUUAUUAGUCAAAUAUAGACACUGGUGAAAGCCAAGCCAGUACAAUUCACAUCAUCAGCUGCCCCUGCCACAAUGAUGGUUACCUUACAUUACACUGUUCCUCCUCCAAAUAAAGCAGAAUGUAUUAGCCUGGACCAAAAGGCCAGACUUUGAUCACAUCUUAUAAACUAUAAGAAAAGGGAUACUGCAGCCCGGCUGAUUGGGAGACCUGUGUUCUUACAUGUUUUAUUACUAAACUGUGACUAUAUCUCUUUAAAUAUGUUUCAAAUUAGAAAGAAUUCUAUGAAUAUAUUUGAAAUAUAUAAGAUUAUUUCAUUAUUUAAUAUAUAUAUUUCAAAUUAUAUAAACAUUACCUAUAUUUAUUGUUAAUUUAUGUACAUAAUGAAAUUAUCAGAGCUCUAGACCAGUUGAAGAAUUUCUAACAAAGUGUUUUCUUCUAAAAAUGCAUGCCAGAUAUGUCUGUGACAUGUCCAGUGUGCAAGUAUGAUUCUGCAUUUGCGUGAUUAUAUUCACGCAUGUUGUGUGUGUGUGCAAGAGAGUGUGUGUGAUUGUGUGCAUGCAUGCGUGUGUGCACAAGUGUGUGCUGUAAAGUGUGACAUUUUUACCAUUCCACACUUGUAUGUUUCUUAUGUUUUUUUUCUUCUCUGGCUCUUGCAGCCAGGCUGCCUUUUUAAUGCUAAUGCAUUUGGAUGCCGCCUUGCAUUAGCAGCACCUGGGUACAGUUUACAAUUGAAGAGUUUUGUUCCAAAAUGACAUAUCCAACAGUUGAAACAAAGUUUAAGCCACUCUUACUAAAUGAUUGGUCACUAGAACCAUAUAUGAAGUCAUUGUUGACGCAUUAUGUACCUUAAAUCUGUGGUUGAUGAGAGAAAAAGAUGUAUUAUCUACAUUUUUAGGAUCAAGUAAUGAACUAGUGAACUGGAUAUAUAACAUUUUGGAGAUUAACCCUUCAUCUGCCCUGUGUAAGCAAAUCUUUUUCCAUGUCACUACGUUAGGGGCUUGAUGACUUUUUACUUAAAGGUAUAGUUUGACAUGUCCAGAAAUUCACAUAUUAACUGUCUUGAAAAACUUGGAUGAAAAUAUUGAUACCGGUCCUGUGUCUGUGCAUUAUGUAUGAAUUCAGCAGCCGGUACAGGUUAAGCUAACCAUCUCCUGGCUUCACUGGCCAGCAGCCACACAGCUUUCCUUCAUCUAAAACCUGGCAAUAAACCAAAUUAGUGAAUUUCACAAACUAUUCCUUUAAACCCACUUCCUUCAACCCAUGUUAUAAUCUCCUUUUCCCCAUUUCAAGUUUCUGUCUUGGAUGCAAUGAAAAGCAUGAUAAUUAUUUUAAUGCAACUAAAUUGAACCAAAAGAAAGUAGUAGAAAUGUACAUCACGAAUGACCAUAUUGUUUUAAUGAAGUAUUACUCAUGUAUGUCAUGUAUUAUAUAUUUAUAUAUAUACUGAAUAAGGUGCGGUAAAGAGCAUCUCUUAAGAGUUUGUCAGCUGACAGACUGCAGCAAUGAGAGCACUUCCAAAAUUAAGAAGAACUUCCUUGUGUUAAAAAAGAGAAAGUGGAGCACUUUAAGGCCUCUUCAGGUACAGAAUGAAAGAAAGAAAGAAGGUACAGCAGAGAGGGUGAAUGCAGGGCUGAGGGAAAUAUUCCUAAUUUGUGUUUUCUGAUUUGUUCAUUUGACAAUCACACCUUCUAAACUCAUUACAAUACCAGAAUAAUAUUCCUUAUGGUUUUAGUACCACUCUGAAAUCAUGUUACGCCAGCCCAGAGACAGUAUUUGUGCUUUAUUCUAUUUAACAUGAUUACACGUAAACCUCUUCCAAGGUCACCUCCAAAAACCCAAUCGAAGACUCACUUUCUUUACUAUGUAGGUUAAGACUGCAUGAUUUCUGAGGGAGACUGUCUUUACUGUGUGCCUGCUUGGAGUGCUACUGACUGGCUUACUGAAAGCAGCUGAAAAGCUUCAGGAUUGAACCCCUGCUGUGAGUGUAUUUAUUACAGUGGACGAAGGCACUGAGUAUUGUUAACACAUGGAAACCUUAAGACCUGAAUGUGAGUGGUUGGAAAGCUUUUUUGUUUUAUUGAAAUCACUUUCACAAUGCUGACGAAAAUGAAAGCCUAUAUUGAAGUUUUCUUCAUGUAUAUGAUGGUACAGUAGUGAUAUGAAGAUGUGAUUGAGCUGCUUUAAAGAGGUUGUUUUUCAAAGUGUAUGAUGAAAUAGAUAAACCCUCUCCAGAUGCCUGAAUUCUACAUUCUUAGUUUGUUUAAAAACUACUGACAUCCUCAAGCUAUUUGGAACGAGACAUGGUUAAUGCUUGAUGGAGUUGUUUUUUACACUCCAACUGUGACGGCUUUAUUUUUAGUGUCAGACAAAUGCGAAUUAACAGAUGUAAGACACGCAUCCUCCUCAGCCUAAAUCUAGCCUCCUCAGAAUUUGGACUGCAGAUCUCAAUCAUCAAUGUUCCCCCUUGGUACAAACUGACAAAUCAAACCUACAAUCUCUCACAGAUGUCGACCUGUUUUUGUUUUUCACUCCUUCUUGUGUGCGUUCCCACAGUGAUCUGCGUUACACGAAUGAUUGUAUGAUUGCUAUCGCUGCACAGCUGUGGAACCAAGGUGAACCGUGAGUUCUGGAUGCCACUGUCUUGUCGCUGACAACUAAUGAUUUGUGUGCUUCAUUGACUGUAUUAAUUGGCAUUUGCCUUGCUGUCACAGAGCUGGCGAGACAUGAGUGCCACCCUCACAACCCAGUACUAACAAACAGCCUUGGUUGAAUCACACACACAAACACAACUUCCUGAAAACGACCACUGAUCAAACUCAUGGCAAAUUCUCUUCUUCGGGCGUGUCUUGAUAAAAUAUGUACUGAUGUAGUUCUGUUCAAAAAGAAUUCUACUGUAUGUUUUUUUUUUUGUUUGUUUUUUUUAGAAAAUGUUUUGAUCUCUAGGGAGACUUUUAGUGACAUUUAUACAUGAGAUAAAAUAUACUGUAAGUAUAUGUUGUGUAUAUCUGCAGUGUGAGCACACACACUGACAAAGGAAUCCAACCUGCGCUGCGCGUAGGUGUUGACUUGCUGAUGACUUUGCCUCAUAGAGAAUGAAGAUGAAAGUGGCUUUCUGGUUCAUGUGAAGUAGAGAUUGGAACUAUGAAUAAAAAAGUAUAUGAUAUAAAAACA